AUGCUACUGUGUUUAUCAGGUACAACAGGAGAGGCCCUGGAAGUGACCUCAGGAGUAGUCAGGGACAGAACAUCUGGACCACCAGGCACUGGGGCCACCAGUGCUGGAAGCCCAGCAGCAACAAGUAGAAGAACAGAAACAUCUGCCACCAUCUCUGCUGGUGAGAACACAUCUGCAGGAACAGGCACACCUGGAGCAUCAUCUGGAACAACCCCAGAAGCCCAAGGAGGUAGCACCCCUGAAGAAUCAAGCACUAGAGCCACAGGUUCAGGAACCACAGGGGUGUCUUCUGGUUCAUCCACUACUGCCAGCCCUGGAGACUCAGCUACACCUUUCUCAACCUCUGCUAGUAGCAAAUCAGGUACAACAGGAGAAUCCUUGGGAGUGACCUCAGGAGCAGGCAGUGUGAGCACACCUGGACCAUCAGGCACUGCAGCCACCAGUGCUGGAAGUCCAGCAGCAACGACCACUGCCUCUGCUGUUGAGAACACUUCUGGAAGAACAGGCACCCCUGGAGCAUCAUCUGGAACAACCCCAAAAGCUCAAGGUGCCAGUACCCCUAAUCAAGCAGGCACUGGAGCCACAGGUUCAGGGACCACAGGAGUGUCUGCAGGCUCCACCACUGCCAGUCAUGAGGACUCAGCUAGACCUUUCUCAACCUCUGCUAGCAGCAAAUCAGGCACUACUGGACCAUCAGUUGGUACAACAACCAGAGCCCAAAGCAAUGAAGAGACAUCACCUGAAGUACACUCAGGUACUACUGGAACUUCAAUUCCCAUCACCUCCACAGCUGGAAGUACAAAAACCACACCCCAGCUGAGCACCAGCUUUACCAGUCCUGGGGAUACAUCAGUAGGAACAGAAGGCCCUAGUGCACCAACAACUAGUGGGAAGGAGAUUGGGACACCCAGCAAACCCAGCACUAGAGCUACAAGCACAGGAACUUCAGGUACAACAGGAGAGUUGCCGGGAACCACUUCAGGAGCAGUCAGAGACAACACAGCUGGGCAAUCCAGCACUGGGGCCACCGGCACUGGAAGCCCAACAGCAACAAGAGGAGGAGCUGAUGCAACCACCACUGUCUCUGCUAGUGAGAACACAUCUGGAACCACAGGCACACCUGGAGCAUCAUCUGGAACAACCCCUGAAGCUCAAGGUGGUAGCACACCUAGAGAGGCAGGGACUGCAGCCACUGGUUCAGGUACAUUUGAACCAGGAGUUGACAAAACAACCAGAGCCUCAAACAAUGAAGUGACAUCACCUGAAGGGAACUCAGGCUCUACUGGAACUUCAGUUCCCAUCACCUCCACAGCUGGAAGUGCAGGCACCACAGGAGGACUGAGCCCCAGCAUUACCAGUCCUGGGGGUACAUCAGGAGGAACCACAAGCCCUAGUACAACACCACCUAUUGGGGAGGAGAGCACCACAGCCAGCAAAUCCAGCACUGGAGCUACAAGCCCAGGAACUUCAG